AUGACAAGCCCAGCCAAUGAUGAGCCAUCAUCAUCUCCAUCAAGCACUAGAGUUACUGAUAUCGCAGCUCCUGUCCGCUUGUACCUUCACGAGAAACAGUUUGAAAUUGGCAAGUUCCUUGCUGGUGGAAGUACCUGUUCAGUGUUCCUGGUUAAAGAUGCCACUGGACACAGUUUGGCUGCUAAAGUCAUCAUCCACAGUAAAGUUCAGCCCAAGUUUCUCAAUGAGCUGCUGCCCAAUGAGCUGAAGAUUGUUCGCCUGUUGAAUCACCCGAAUGUGCUGAAAACCGAGCACGUCUUCCAGUUACCUGACUUCUCAAUCAUCAUUUCGGAGUACGCUCAAGAAGGCGACCUCCUGCAGGCGCUUCAAAACAGCGAGGAAAUCAAUCUGACCGUGCAUAAGCGCUACUUUGUCGACUGCACAAAAGGACUCGCCUACCUGCACUCUAUUGGAAUCGGACACCGAGAUGUGAAGGCGGACAACGUUCUGCUAUUUAGUGGAGGCGAGGCAAAGUUGGCCGACUUUGGCUAUGCCGUCUUUCUCUUUGAUGCCAAAGGUCAAACCAAGGCCUGCCAUCAGUUUUGUGGUACUCCCGAAUACGCAGGUUCGUUGUUGCGGGUGAUUUUUGCGCAAAUUUUUGACUGUUUAUGA